ACAGUGAUUCAGACUCUACAAAAAAAAAAAACAGAUGUUCAUCUGAACAUUUCACAAAAGAAACGUAGUGUAAAAAAAAAUUCACUUGAUGCCAAAUGAAACUGAGUCAGCCUACACUCAAGUUUUUUUUUUCUUCGUCACAAACUAAUACUACAUGUUCACCGAAAACUUGUAACAAAAAUGCAGUAGAAAAACCUUCUUGUGAAUCGAAUGCAAAAGUUGAGUGCAAUUCUGGCGAUGUGACCCCAGAAAAUGUCAUAACCUCUGUUCCCUCUCAAAGGGAACAUACCACACAGAAUGAUCAGUUAUGUUUUAAUCGAAAGCGUUUAAAGCGAUGCGUUAUUUUGAGUGAGGACGAUGAAGAAUUGAGUGUUGAUCAACUUUCUUUAAUGAGUCGAGAACGAAACAAUGCUUGUGUUCAAAAACACGAAACCCCAAUUCAAGAUACUUUGGUGAACGAAAAACACUAUCCAAAAAGCGAUAGUAUCACCCCUGUUAUAAAAGAACAAUUCAAAGUAGAAACCAUAUCACCCAUCGCUUCGACUCCAGAAUGGCAAAGGAAAGAUUGCUGUGUAGUCCUAACAAAUGAAGAAUUAAGUGAAAAAGAAAAUGAAACUGAGAACACACAAGCAAUACAGACCGAUCCUCUUUGGCUUAAGGGCCAAGCAAAAGUAAAGAAAGAAUAUCAAUUAUUUCAUAAGCAUAUAGCUAACAUUGCGAAAAAUCGUACAAAACAAAUGUAUGACGUGAAUUGGUUAAAAUCACUACCAAUCGCCUGGAGUUCUAUCUAUUUUCAAGAGUAUAUUGACGCUGUCGAAAGAGGAGUCAAAGAUGUUACGGAAUGUGCGUUCAACAAUGAAAAAAAGAAAUCUAUGACUGUAUGUCAUUUUCCUAGUUGGAUACUCCCCGAAAAUUUACGCGACAUCCACAAAAAUAGACCCGACUCCUCUGAGUAUGAUGUAACGAGUGUUUGGAUACCCGAGGAAAAACUUAUGCGGCAAGAGCCAAAGCACUCGACACCCGCCAUGCUUCAAUAUUGGAAUUUAAAAAGGGAACAUUUUGAUAAAAUUGUUUUUUUUAAGUUUGGCAAAUUUUAUGAAUUAUUUUAUAUUGAUGCGUUUAUUGGGAAUAAAUUUUGUAAUCUUCGCUGGAUUGGUUCAGACGAAAAACCGCAUGUUGGAUUUCCAGAAACAAGCUUGCAUACAUAUGCUCAGAAAAUGGUGAAUGAGGGCUUCAAAGUUGUGGUCGUGGAACAAAUGGAAACACCUAAAGAAAUGAAUUUACGCAACCAAAACGCAUCCACUGGCAAUAAAGUCAAAACCGUAAAACGAGAAAUAUGUGAUGUAUUUUCUAUUGGAACACUCCUUCAUGAAGCGAUGCUGCCUAAUGACUCUCGUUUACUUUUGUCAAUUUAUUAUAAUACCAAAAAAUCGUCUUUUGGUUUUGUGUAUACCGACGUGUCUACCUGCGAAAUUUGGAUUGGCAAUUGGAAACCUAUUGAAAAAAAUACUCCAACAUCCCAACAAUUUCAAGGAAUUCUCUCACCUGUGUCUCAGUCUUUCCGAACAUUACUGAAUCGCAUACUUCCUGUAGAAGUUAUUUUUGAUCAUUUGAAUUUACCGUCGCACGAAUUGGCUUAUUUAAAAUUAUUACCAUUGCCUCCGCAUUUAAAUUCGCUUAAGUUACGACCUUUAGACGAUUCCCAGUUUACAACAGACGCUUUAAAGCUCGUAGAAAACCAAGCGUGUUAUCCAAAUCGUAAUGUAACAGUACACGAGUCCAAUUUGAAUGUCUUAACAUAUUUACGAGAAUCUCAAGAAACCCUUCAUGCUUUUACGCUUUUAUGCCGCUAUCUGAAUAGUGUUCUUCUUUUAGAGAAAGUACUUACUUUCUCUCGUUUUCAAAUGGAUUCACAUUUAUGCGCACAUGAGUCACAAAAUUUUUACAAGAGACUUCCAUCAAGCACCAAACAAGAAAUUCAACUAGAAAAUGGUCGACAACGGUUGAUCAUAGAUAGUGUGGCACUCCGUCAUUUAAACGUACUUCAAGGGACUGAUGGCACUCUGAAUUUCACUUUGUUUCAAUAUGUUAAUAGAACCGUCACACCCAUGGGUGUGCGGCUUUUGAAAAAAUGGCUUGCCGCACCAUUGGUAGUUCCUGAAGAUAUUAUUCAGCGUUUGGCUUGUACUACAUGGUUCGUCAACAAUCCUUCACAGCUCCACGCCAUACGUUCAGAUUUCUCGAAAUUAGGAGACAUCGAAAGAAAAUUAACUCGGUUUUGUACUCGAAGCUUACAACAGUUUAGAACGGCAGUUUAUUUUGAUGAUAUUCACUCAAAAUAUUUCCGACAGUUUGUUGAAAUGUUGAACGGUUUUAGCAGAAUUCAUUCUUGUCUGAUGACGAAUAUAAAUACAAAAGACGCACUAUUACCCUGCCGUUUAAAAACAUUAUGUUCUUUUGCGAAUCUUAUUGAAUCUUCCGACCAAGAUGAAAACUCAUCUCAUCUUUUUGAUGACAUGCGAAAUUGCUUAAUACUAAAUACCGAGACGAAUGAAUGGAAUAUUGCACCAAAUGUUGAUGAUGCGUACGACGCUGCAUUUAAAACAGUACAAGAUAUUGAAUUAUCUUUAAACAAAUAUCUUAAAAAUUUAAUGGAAAACGCCAAAAGAUCUAAUUGUAUUACAAACUAUCAUGAAAUACAAUACACUCAUAGCAAGUUCCCUUAUGAAAUAGAAAUACCCGAAGGCGAUCUAUUUAUUAAAUUUAUUCAGUCAAGAGAUGAAACAGCUCAAACUGUUACGUCUUCUAGAAAAGGGUAUAUACGAUUACGCACUACUGAAAUUCUUGAUUUUGUGACACAACUUGAAACAUCACAAGUUUUUUUAAAAGAUGUUUUGUAUGGAUGCCAAAAGCGUUUAUUUACCAAAUUCUAUAACCAUUAUUAUGACUUAGUUUUUUCUAUGCUUCACUGUGUUGCGGAAAUCGAUAUCUACGCUGGAUUCGCCACUCUAGCACUCAUAGGAACCUCUAGCAGUGUUUCGGUUUCAGAACAUAUGUGUUGCCCACAAAUCGUGGCGCGACAAUCGGAUGUGCAACCCAUACUUCGGAUGAUCAAUUCUCGUCAUCCCUUAAUACCAUUAAAUCUUCCUCCUGGUACACAAUGUGUCACGAACAAUAUAUGUUUAAACGAUCCUAAUGACCCUGAAGGACUUCAUUCAUUCUUUUUAAUCACGGGUCCUAACAUGGGAGGAAAAUCAACCCUAUUAAGACAAGUUUGCUUAAGUGUUAUUUUGGCUCAAAUUGGAAGCUACGUUCCAGCCACGGAAUGUACUCUGGUUCCAGUCGACCGUAUUUUCACCAGAUUAGGAGCUUAUGAUGCUAUCUUGGAAGGCCGUUCCGCUUUUUUAGUUGAAUUAGAGGAAACAAUCCCAGCAGCCCAUACUUCUACAGAAUAUUCUCUUGUUGUUCUUGAUGAAUUUGGUCGUGGAACGUCAAGUUGUGAUGGUGCUGCGUUAGGUCUAGCUUUAGCAGAACAUCUUGCUCGAAUUAAGAAGACGCGUUGCUUAUUUUCCACGCAUUUUCAAUUACUAGCUGAUGAAUUGGUGUCCAUUCCUUCUGUACGUUGCGUUCACAUGGCAGUGAAAUUUGAUGUCAAUACGGCAUCUCUGACAUUUCUCUACAAGCUAACCCUUAAGGCUUGUUCAAGAUCUCAUGGGAUUCAUGUCGCUCGUUUGGCAGGAAUACCAGAAGAAAUUAUAAGUGCGGCUUCUGAGUAUUAUCAAGAUAUAAGUAACAAUUCAAGUAGGCAUCUCAAGUUUCUAAGACUCAAAAAUUUGGCAUCCAAAGUGGUCGAUUCAUGUUCACCCUGUGCCACUAAUACGGCUAUCUUAAAAUCUCUUCGAUCAGAGUUUUUUUCUAUUGUCUCAACUCUACACCCACCUGACGGCACGACACAUUAA